UGAAAAAAGCGAAUUCAAUUGCAAACAGCCGUGUGUAAAAAGACACGCAUGCCUUAUCCUAUUCGAGUUCAUUAGUUGCGUGUAUAGCAGCCAGUCAGACGGUCAGUCAGACAAGUCUAGUUUGUUUUCAUUAUGACCUGGAUAAUAACUACACGGUUUCAAUUUCAAAUAUAGAAUUAUGGGUUUGUCGCAUGAAGAAUACUCCCUUCACUGGGGCUUUGUGGUUUUGGCGGCCAAAUUUUGCCAUUGGGUAAUAAUGACGGGACUGCUGAAAUCAUUUAGUAUUUUCAUACCUCAUCUCGUCAAAUUAAUGGGAACGAGCUAUGCUAUUAUAGGACUGGUUUGUUGUAUGGCUGAUUCAUUGGGAUGUUUGGCAGCACCAUUGGCGGCUUUCAUCUCAAACCGAAUAUCUCGUCGAUUGCUUGGGGCCGUGGGAGCCAUUCUAUGCAGUGGUGGAGUUAUAGGUGCCUCCUUCUGUACAAGUAUUACUCCUUUCGGCAUAUGCAUGGCCGCCAUUGGUUUAGGGAACGUGUUCCUGUUGUUCACAUUGACGACUAAUCUCCAUGAGCAUUUCCCUGUCAAGUUUGAUGUCAUCAACACCAUUUCACUUAUAGGAUCGCCAUGUGGAGCGUUUAUCACUCCAGUCAUCACAGAAAACCUUCUAGAGAUCUACGGUUUAAGUGGUACCAUACUUAUUCUGGGUGGAUUUAGUCUGAACUUCAUGAUAAGUGCUCUCGUCCUAAGGCCACCUCGGGGUCGGAGGAGGAGGAAGAAGAAGAGUGAUCAAGAAAUAGAGUAUAUUCCCGUUCAGAAACUUGACAGAGACACCGACAGAGGUGAAGCGGUAGAUGAAGCAAAUGAUCUCAGAGAAACUUCCACUCAGAGUGACACUGGAGAUAUUCAAAUCAAACCAAAGACUACAUCAUUGAUAACGCACAUCUUGGAUAUCACAAAUCUAUCUGUAUUGCGGAGAGUCCCAAUUUUUGCGUUACUUCUUUUCCCAAACUUUUUAAUGAUGAUAGUAUGGAUGGGUUGGACGCUGUUCCUUGUCCCUCACGCCGAGUCGUUGGGUAUCAGUCAAGCUCAGGCUGCAUACCUUGCCAUGUUAGGUGGGAUCGGUGGAAUAACUGGCCUUAUAUGUACGUCAGUCUUCCUUAUGUUUUACCCGCGGGUUGGUCUGCGUCUUCCUGCUGUUACCUCCCUGAUCGGGUCGAUUGUUUUCUUCCUCGACCUCGCAAGCAGCCAAUACGUCUUCCAAGCCAUCCAUGCAUUCCUCGUUGGUUUCUUGGUCAACCACACCAUCGUCUACGUCCUAGUAUGUGUUAAGUAUGCCCUACCAGACGAGGACUUCGCUAUGGGGUUGGGAUUGGCGAUCUUUGCCUACGCCGUGGGUAAUAUCCGCCCCAUCCUGGUGAAAUUCACCCAGUAUAAGAAAAAGGCAGCCAUGAUGAAGGAUAGGAGACGUCUGAAGGGUUCUGGAAUCUCGAUCCAAGAGGACCUGACUCAGACGAAUCACCAGAUCCUGAUGAAGCUUGUCAACCACCCCAAAGUUGAGGCUGCUUGGUCCAUCGACGGGAGGAUCAUGGCUGCCUUAAAAACCAGUGAGGAGGGAAUUUCUAUGAAAAGGGCCUUCUCUUCCCUUCGACAAGUUCUCAACCUUGUAAUGAGUUGA